CCUGGGGACUGCAUCUCUGUUGGGUGUCCAUGGAGGGGAGGGCGGGAAGAGGCACCGAGCCAUUGCCAGGGUGUCCUGGCAGAACAGUGCGUUCGGGGUGUAGUCUCCUUGGAAAUUGUGUCCACACUCAGAAGUGACUCAUCAGCUUUGAGACUGUUGUUCUUGGCGUGACUGUUGAUCAGGCAGUGGGCAGUGUCACCUUUUACUAAGUUAUGGUGAACCAUCAACCCACGUUCUGCCGCUCAUGGACUCGGGGGGCCUCUCCUGCCCCUGCUAGAAGUGUCACACGGCCGGCACCCGCAGUGACUCUCUGGUGUCCUCAGGUAGCUUGUGGCGGGCUCUGGACAGGAGACUCCAGGACCCCGUGCAGCUGCCUCCGUCCUCUGUGCUGGACCCAUCGCCCCUCCAAGCGCCGCCUCCAGAGCCCUGGCGCAUCUGUGAGAGCAGCGACAAUGGACCAGUCUCUGGCUGCCGGCCCUGAGAUGAGAAAUGUUCCCUCAGAAGGGACAGUGUCAUUUGAAGAUGUGGCUGUGAACUUCACGUGGCAGGAGUGGCAGUACCUGAGUGAAGAUCAGAGGACCCUGUACCGGGAUGUGAUGCUGGAGACCUGCAAUCACCUGGUGUCCUUAGGGCACUGUGUUACUGAUCCUGAGGAGAGCAUCAGGUCGGAGCAGGGAUUACAGCCGUGGACUGUGGGCGAUCCCCCAAACCAGGACCUGUCAGAUGUCCAUACUGUGGAUCACCUGACUCAGGACAGCCCUGCAAAUCAGGGCAGACAUGUGUGGCAAGUUCUUACCACCAGCAGCAAAAUAGCAUUCAACGAGAGAACUGACUUAAUGGAAAAAAGCAAUUUGCACUCAAUUCAUUGUUUGAACCAUAGUAUCAAAAAUGAAAACAAUUCAGCGAUGAUGCCUGUGAACUUUACUAUACAUAGGACCAUGAUGAUCCCUGGUGAGCCUCAUGAAGGGCAUGCUGGAGAGUACAAGGAGGUCUUUAGUAGAAUGAGGGAACCCAUCAAGUAUCCUGAGCACCUUAGUCACCAGGUGAUUCAGAACUUUCAACAGCCUUUUGAAUUUCAUGAACAAGGAAAAGUUGUGAGUGAAGAAACAAUAUUUACACCUAAAGGAGCCCUUCCAGAAGGGGCUGCCCAUAAAUGCAAUGAGUGCAGGGACACCCGUGAUGAGGUACCUUUCGUUGCCCGAGACAGAACCCAAGGAGGACAGACUCUCUGCAGUUGUAAUGAAAAGGGGAGAGCUGCGGAGAUGACUCCAGUGCAUUUGAAUCUUCCUAGGUAUGUUGAACACGAGCAGCAGGAAUGUUGUGAAAGUGGGGCCAGUCUCAGCAACACAUUUCACACCUAUCCGCGUGAGAGUACCCAGUUAGGAAAGAAUAAUUUGGGAUAUAAGAGAUAUGGUGAAGUGGCCUCUAAAACCUCUGUUCUGACUGAACAUCAGAAAACACAAGCAGACGAUCAACCUGAUGAGUGUGGGGGCACCGCUGAGAUUUCCUUACAGAGGGGAUACCAGAGAAAUCUCACUGCAGUGAAGUUGUUUGGCUCUAACGAUUAUGUGAAAACUUACUCAUGGAAGACUGCCCUCACUUUACAUCCACAAUCUCAAACGGGAGUGAAGCGCUACCCAUGUCAGGUAUGUAAGAAAACUUUCAGGUGGAAAUCUGCUUUUAGUGUCCAUCAGAGAACUCAUAUAAGGGAGAAACCCUAUGAAUGUGAGGCAUGCAGGAAAGUGUUCUCCUGUAAGUCAGUUCUUGUUCUACAUGAGAGGACUCACACUGGAGAGAAAUGCUAUGAAUGUGAAGGGUGUGGGAAAGCUUUUUCUAGUAAGGCACACUUUAUUAGACAUCAGAGAAUUCACACUGGAGAGAAACCCUAUGAAUGUGAAGGGUGUGGUAAAGCUUUUUCCAGUAAGUCUUACCUCAAUGAGCAUCAGAGAAUUCACACUGGAGAGAUGCCUUAUGAAUAUGAAGAGUGUAGGAAGAUUUUCUCCUGCAAAUCAUCCCUCAGUAACCAUCAGAGAAUUCACACUGGAGAGAAGCCUUAUGAAUGUCAAGAGUGUAGGAAGACUUUCCACUGGAGACCAUCCCUCAUUCACCAUCAGAGAAGUCACACUAGAGAGAAACACAAUGAAUGUCCAGCAUGUAGGAAAGUGUUCUCCUGUAAGUUAGUUCUUGCUCUACAUAAGAGGACUCACACUGGAGAGCUCAAACCCUAUGAUUGUGAAGAGUGUGGGAAAGCUUUUUCUAGGAAGUCAUUCCUCAGUCUCCAUCAGAGAAGUCACACUGGAGAGAAACCCUAUGAAUGUGAAGAGUGUGGGAAAGCUUUUUCCCGUCAGUCUUACCUCAGGGAGCAUCAGAGAAUUCACACUGGAGAGAAGCCUUAUGAAUGUCAAGAGUGUGGUAAGACUUUCCACUGGAAAUCAUCCCUCAGUAACCAUCAGAUAAGUCACACUGGAGAGAAGCCUUAUGAAUGUCAAGAGUGUAGGAAGACUUUCUCCUGGAGAUCAUCCCUCAGUCACCACCAGAGAGGUCACACUGGUAAGAAACCCUAUGAUUGUGAAGUGUGUGGGAAAGCUUUUUCCCGUAAGUCAAACCUCAUUAGACAUAAGAGAAGUCACACUGGAGAGAAACCCUAUGAUUGUGAAGGGUGUGGGAAAGCUUUUUCCCAAAAGUCAAACCUCAUUAGACAUCAGAGAAGUCACACUGGAGAGAAACCCUGAGUGUCAAGAGUGUGGAAAGACUUUCUGCCAGAAAACAUCCCUCAGU